GUCACGAGGGCCUACGCGUCGCGCGGGUGGCAGGAGUUGACGGACGGUCUCUGGCUGCGUUUGGGCGGCCCCGGGACCACGGAAGAGGCUUCCCUGGUCGGCCGCGAUGCCUAGCUCGCGGCGGGUCAGUCAGCUCCUGGAUCUAUGCCUUUGGUGCUUCAUGAAGAAUAUUUCCAGAUAUAUCACAGACAUUAAGCCUUUGCCUCCAAACAUAAAAGACAGACUGAUUAAAAUAAUGAGUACCCAGGGGCAGAUAACAGAUUCAAAUAUAAGUGAGAUUUUACAUCCUGAAGUCCAAACUCUAGAUCUACGGAGCUGUGAUAUUUCAGAUACUGCUCUCCUGCACCUGUGCAACUGCAGAAAGCUGAAGAAAUUAAAUUUAAGUUCCUCAAAAGAAAACAGAAUUUCCAUAACUUCAAAAGGAAUAAAAGCAGUGGCUUCCUCCUGUUCAUACCUGCAUGAAGCUUCUUUGAAAAGAUGCUGCAAUCUCACUGAUGAAGGAGUCCUUGCUCUUGCACGUAACUGCCGGCUACUAAAGAUAAUUGAUUUAGGUGGCUGUUUAGGUAUUACUGAUGUGUCCUUACAUGCAUUAGGAGAAAACUGCCCAUUUUUGCAGUGUGUUGAUUUCUCAGCUACGCAGGUGUCAGAUGAUGGGGUGGUUGCGCUUGUUAAUGGACCUUGUGCCAAGAAAUUAGAGGAAAUUCAUAUGGGACAUUGUGUGAAUCUGACUGAUGAAGCUGUAGAAGCUGUCCUCACUUGCUGUCCUCAGAUACGUAUAUUACUCUUCCAUGGAUGCCCCCUAAUAACAGAUCAUUCACGAGAAGUCCUGGAGCAAUUAGUAGGCCCAAACAAACUAAAGCAAGUGACUUGGACUGUUUAUUGAUGCUUAUUGAAGCUUAUCAAAGCAAUGAUCUUCAUACUACAUUCCCAGGAAACAAUGGUUUUUGAGAUUGGCUUUCCAAUAAUGUGGUUUUUGCUUUGAAGUUAACCAGACUCUUAAACAUUUUAAUAGUGGUAUUAUUCUGUUUGUUUGAGGAGUCAUUGUUUUUGACAUGGUAAGCCUAGCAUGCCCUCUGAUGUAUUCGGGGGUGGGGGUGGGGGGAGUAUUGUGUUUGUUUCUUAAAUAACAAAGUUUUAAAUUACCAGUUUUCCCUGGAGAUUUCCUUCUCCUACUUACAUAUUUGAGCCAUUAUAAGAGAAAUUUUACCAAUAUGAAUAACCAUUAGAAUUCUAAGUAUCUCUAAAGGCAUAAUUACCUUCCUAUUUUCUGGCCCCUACCUUCCUGAAGUAUUUAAGUGCUCAUUGGCUAAAAGGAAAGCUGAACAUCAGGCCUUUAAAUCUUCCCAGAAUUCAAUAUUUCAAUAAAAGAAAGAAAUAUAACAGUUUAAUGCCAUAAACCCAUGACAUCAUACACCUCAGCCAUUCAGCAUAUGAAUGUUACUGAGGCCCUUGCCCAGCCACUUACUUUUUAUAGCUACUUUUUCCAAAUACGUGCCAUGCAUCUAUGAAAUUUCUUCCUUAAAAACUGCAUUCAGGAAUUUGUAAGAAUGAGUAGCUACAAAAUAUCAUUAUAGAGGCUGUUUCUAAAGCUCUGUUGGUUUCACAUUGCGAAACAAAUAGCACAGGUCUUAGUUUUCAAACAUAUUGCUCUUUUAUUAUCAUACGUAUACAGUGAAAUAUACAGUGUUUAAACUACCCCAAAAUUCAGAAUAUUCCCUGUGCCAUGAGCCUGUCUCAGUGGGACUUUCUUAAAGAUUUUCUAUUUUAACUCUGAUGUAGUGCAAAAGAAGGGAAGUAUAGCAUAGGCAAAAUUCUCCUACAUGUUUAGAAGGAGGGUUUACACAGUCAACUCUAUUUCUUGACCUUACUAUUACUUUAUAAAUAUGGUAUGUUUAUAGUAUGGAUAUAUAUAUUGCCCCUCAAAGGUGGUACAUAUGUAUAUGUGUAAAAUGGGUAAAGCCUGUUUUACCUGUGAAUUUUCUUUUAAGUAGGUUCCACCAAUCUGGGGCUUGAACUCAUAACCCUAAAAUUAAGACUCACCUCCUCUACGAACUGAGCCAGCCAGCUACCCCUAAAGACAAAUUCAAUAAAAUUUAAUAGUAAAUAUCAAACAAAGUAGCUUUUUCCUCUCUUGGGGAAACAAGUUUUAAGAUCUAAAGAUCAGCUUUUUAGGGUCUGUAAAGGAUUAUCUUCCUAAAGCACUUUGCAGUUUAAUAUUCUUGACUUUUUAUAUUGCUGGUUGUAUUAGCUAUUUCUAUUUAAAAUUUCAGGACCCCGUGCCUAUCUAUCUCAACAUCCUCACCUGUUACCUUGAUCUCUAUUUUUCUCCUUACCAUCUAUCACCAUCUGACAUCUUGUCUAUUUUUUGUUUACUAUCUGUCUCUCCACCCUAGAAUAUAAGCUUCACGAAGACAGAAAAAUUUUUUUCCCGUUGCUGUAUUCCCAGUACCUAGAACAGUAUCUGGUACAUAACAAGCACCCAAUAUUUGUUGAAUUGAUGGACACAGAAAAAAAUAAAGGACAAAAAUAAAUAAAUAAAAAUAAUCUCCGUACUUCCAGUUUCCGGUCUGAUGUUAUAAAGAGAUUGGAAGUCAUCACUCCUGUCCUCAAAAGAUAAAAGCUGAACAAACUGAAAGUCAUUAAGUGCUACAAUACUGCUUGUACUGUAAGUGGACUCGGCCUAGUUAUAAAUGUAUACCACUAAAAAAAUUUUUUUUAGUAUGUAUAAUUGAUAUCCUAAGGGAAGAGAGAGAAUCAUAGAAAAUGCUCAAUUAAAAGCAGAGAAGGCACAGGGCACCUGGGUGGCUCAGUCAGUUAAGUGU